CAGGUGCACAGCCGGGAUUGAGCUCGUGAGGAGAUUGCUCCAAAGGGUUACUGGUUUUGGGAGGCAGUGCCACGGCUGUUUGUUGUCACUUCCGGGCUCGAGCCGUCCGUGAAUUAGCUGAUCACACCGCCGGAGGAGGAGGAGAGGACGGCCGGGCUUCGAUGCUUCGUGCGGGCGGGAUGGAGGAGUUUGUGACGGAGGAAGAGGAGCCAUGGUACGACCAGAGAGACCUGGAGCAAGACCUGCACCUGGCAGCUGAGCUCGGCAAGACUCUCCUGGAACGCAACAAAGAGCUGGAGGACUCCCUGCAGCAGAUGUACAUCAACAAUGAGGAGCAAGUACAAGAGAUAGAGUAUUUGACCAAGCAGCUGGAAAUGUUGAGGGAGAUGAACGAGCAGCAUGCAAAGGUUUAUGAACAGCUGGACGUGACGGCCAGAGAGCUGGAGAUCACCAACGAGAAACUGGUGCUGGAGAGCAAGACGUCGCAUCAGAAAAUAGACAGGUUAAUGGGCACCAUGGAGACCCUGCAGGGUCAGGUGGACAGUCUGACGACUCGGGUGGAGGAGCUGCGAACUCUGGAGGAACUGAGAGUCCACAGGGAGAAGAAGGAGAGACGCAAGACUGUCCACUCCUUCCCCUGCCUCAAAGAGCUCUGCACCGCACCCAGGUAUGAGGAUGGUUUCUUGCUGGCCAAUCCAGGCAGCGUCGACCUGGCGGAGAGUCAGCCUAUGGAUGAGGAGAAUGAGCGUUUAAGAGACAUUGUCUCCACACUGCGUGCAGCGAUGGGCACAGAGCGCUCCAAGAGGGAGAGCGCUGAGCGGGAGUGUGCGGCUGUGCUGCAGGAGUUUGAGCGACUGGAGCAGCGUCUGUUGGGAGCAGAGAGCUGCCAGCUGAGGGUUCAAGAGCUCGAGGCUGAACUGCAUGAGAUGCAGCAGCUCAGGAAGUCCAGGAUGUGUUUGGUUGGAGGCAUGGAAGACGGCCUGGAGACACUGCUCAACAAUGGCCCGGAGAUGGACACCCCAGAGGACGGUGUUGGGUUGGAGGAGGGAGGUGAGGGAGAGGGGGGGCAGCAGGGGGGCCCCGUGAGGAAAAGCUGCAGCGACACAGCUCUGAACGCACGCGAUGCUGCAGGCAGACGUCACGGCAGCUACGCCCUCCAUGCCAAUGGUGUUCGUAAACGUGGCAUGUCCAUCCUGCGGGAGGUGGAUGAGCAGUACCACGCCCUGCUGGAGAAGUACGAGGAGCUGCUGGGGAAGUGCCGGCGCCACGAGGAGAGCCUGUGCCACGCCGGGGUUCAGACCUCUCGGCCCGUUUCCAGAGACCCCUCCGUGAAGGACUACUGCAUGGCUCCGCAGGGCCUUCCACAUCCGGGGCUGUCGCCGGCCCUCCCACGCCCCCCCCAAACGCCGUCCACACCGGAGGCCCUGGAGGGGAUCAGCAAGCAGGUGGAGCAGGUGGACAAACGGCUGAGCCAGAACACGCCGGAGUACAAGGCCCUGUUCAAGGAGAUCUUCUCCCGUCUGCAGAAAACCAAGAGUGACCUGAAUUCAUCCAAAAGCAGGAAGACUCACAAAUGAGCUCGAAUGACCAAAUUCACACGGCAGCCAUUAAACUCUGACAUCACACGAAGGGCGGUAAGAUAAAGCACUGUUCUAAUCUCUGCUGUGUUCCAGGUCAUAAGUCCUUCUUAUGUCGUUUACAUGACAAAUGUUAUCACGUCACAGCUUCUUGAUCAGCAGGAGGACAGACACUGAAAACAUGGAGGGACUUUGGGCUGUAAUCCUACUUAGACCAACAUUAGACACAGUCAGAAAAGAGCUAACGUUAGUGUCGCUAUUACUAAAGGUUUUAAGCUAAUGGUCGAUAAUGCUACAAAAUCAGACAGAUGAAUUCCUAGCUAAGGCAAUGGUAGCUAAAAAUAACUUUCCCAGCUUUUGUAAUGUUUGAUGGGAAUUAAUCACUUCCUAGCAAACGCUACACCAGCUAUUAAGUGGUUGUCCGUUAGCAUUAGCCACAGUCGAAUGGUAGCUAAUGGGUUAAUACCAGAGACUGUAUAAAUAAUGGACGCAGUAUGCAUGACGUCACCCAUCUCUUCCUGAGCGUUGUUUUGAAGCCAAUCUGCGGUGGCGGCCAUAUUGGAA